AAGGAUCUGAAACCGGUGUAUGAAAUUCUUAGAAAAGUAACGCCAAUAAACAUGACGGAAAAGGAUGAAAAGAACUACGCUGGGUCCGACAACUGCUAUGCAUGCAAUAUACAAUUCGGAACCGUCAGGAUAAAUGAAUGGAACGGUAAGGAAGAAAAAGUAAUUAAGUGUAGGGACCAUUGUCAUAUCACCGGCAAAUAUCGAGGAGCUGCAUGCGAUAAAUGCAACCUACGAAUGAGAACACCAAAAUUCGUGCCAAUACUUUUUCACAAUCUGGAAAGUUACGAUGCACAUCUGUUCGUAAAAAGUCUGGGACUCAGUGAAGGUAAUAUUAAUUGCAUUCCGAAAACAGAUGAAAAGUAUAUAUCAUUCAGUAAGGGAAUCCCUAUGGAGACUAUCGUAUUAGGCGAUGAAGAAAAAACACUAUGUCUGGAAAUGCGGUUCCUGGACUCGUACAAGUUCACGCUCGCAUCACUCGACUAUCUCGCCAGCACGCUCAGCAAGGAUGACUUCCACACACUAGAAAGCCAACUGGAACACUCAGGAAUAGAAUUACUAAAAAGAAAAGGGGUGUUCCCGUAUGAAUUCAUGACAGGCUACGACAAAUUACAAUACGAUAGGUUACCCAGCAAGAAAGAGUUUUACAGCAAACUAAACAACACCGACAUCAGCGAUGAGGACUACGAACAUGCACAAAAGGUUUGGAAGGCGUUCGACUGCAAAACGAUGCGUGACUACCACGACGUCUACCUCAAGACAGACGUGUUGCUUCUCACAGACGUCAUGUGUAAGUUUAGGAAGAUGUGUAUGGAAAAUUAUGGAUUAGAUUCCUUACACUACUACGGUGCGCCAGGACUCACGUUGGACGCAGCACUAAAGUUUACCAAGGCAAAACUAGAGCUUAUUCACGAUCCUACCAUGUACCUCAUGGUAGAGAAAGGAAUACGAGGUGGAAUCAGCACGAUAAUGAAAAGAUACGCAAAG